UUGCAAUCCCGUCCAAGAUUUUUCAUACGAAUUCGAGAUCUGUUGGUGAAAGGUACUCCGAGAAAAGGGCCGGCUGGAAAGCCAAUCCUCCGACGAGAACGGCGAUUUUACCGUCCGAAGAGACGGUACAAGCGUAGCAGGAAAGCGUUUAAGGGUGCACAAACACCCUCAGUGGUUGACAACAAGGGGCUAGACCCUUUCUACCGUGGAUUCUCCCGAGACCAUUUGCGAUUCUUUUGAAGCAGCAUGGGCCUUUCCAAGAUCGUCAAAUCACAAACCAGCGGCCAAGAUGGCUUGCGGAGGAUUAGGGGAGACAGUAGUGAGCCGGGGGCCGGGAGACCGCCCUAUCGAAGUUGUUCCGACAGAGCGCCUGAAGAACAACAGCACGUUCCUUGGGUUCUUGGCCCCCGGCACUGCUCAACAGGCAUCCCGGCCAAUGAGCAGCCUUUUUAACCAUGGUGAUCCCGACCUGUCUUUCGGCAAUGCGCUAGCAGGCCAUGUCACAGAGACAGAGUCGGACCAGCCUCCUACCGUCAAUGUGGAGGAAUUCACAGACCUGAUGCUCUUCCCUGAUCUGAUGGGGGUCUUGGAGGAGGACCUGCCGGUUCUUCAAGACUUCCCACUGUAUCCCCAAGGGGAAGGGGAUGGGCCGCUGAAGCCCAGGGAGGUCAUCCCGUCAGUCGCUUCAGCCUCGGCCAGCGACGAUGGCGGGGAGAUCAGCCCAGCCGAGAGCGAUGCCUCUGUGGAUCAUUUCUUCAAUACAUUUACGGAUCUGACUGGGUUCCUCGAGCAGUUUGCGGAGGAGACUGGUCCAUCUGAUCUCAGUGACGUAGCCACUUCCAUUGCCGGAAGCAACGACCCUUUAAUGACCGAUGCAGAACCGCCUGCAACAACUCUGACCAUCCCGCCAACAACUGUUGGCCCUGAGACAGCAAUCAAGGAAGAGGAGUGCAUCCUCCGUCGCCCUGCCCCUAGCAGCGAUGAAGAGGAGGGGGCCCCACCCACUAAGAAGGCCCGCACCUCCCGCGCCAAAGCCAGUGCUUUGUCAGCCGCGGAGAAGUAUCGUCAGCGCCGUGACAAGAACAACAUUGCGUCGCAGCGGUCUCGCGCCACCCGAAGGCAGCGCGAGUCCGAAAUGGCCAUCAAGGCGCAGGAGCUUGAAUCGGAGAAUGAACGCUUGAGGGUCCGCAUUGACGAGCUGACCGUGAUAGCUGAAGAGGCACGUAAGUGCUUAGUGGUUGCCCUGUCUCAGAAGUAAUCUGAUUUUACGGUUUCACUAAGUUGGUUUUUACAUCCCAACCUUAGAGUUAUAACUGGUUUACACAUGUUUGCUAAGCGAUCUGCAGUCCUUGGUUGGUUAUAUGAUAAUCAACCUCAGGUAGCCUGUAAAGAUUUGGAGAUUUAAGACGAGUUCUGAUGAUAAGCCCUGUUUCUCAGAAAGGUUGUGAUUAAGCCCAGUUUACCAAUACAAAUCAGAUUGCAUCAAUUGCGAAUACAGUUACUUUGUACAUGGAAAUGUUUCACGUUGUAAAAAUGGUUUUUGUGAAAAGAAAAUAGAAUGGUAGCUAGCAUUUUAUUCCAAAGUUAGAUUUUGGGGUUGAAAGUAUAGUCAUGCAGACAAUGUCAGGUUAUUUGUUAAUGACAACAUGCAUGAGUGCCACAUUAUCUUGGCGUUGAUGGGAAUGCUUUGUUAAAAUGGAUGCAAGGAAUGGAAUGAGAUGUUAGUGUGAAUCUGUAGGAUUGUGCAUUCUUAGCUAGGUUAAACAAAUAUUGAGGGUUUGGUGAAAGUAGUGAUGGAAUAGGGACAACCGUAAUGUGUUGGGUGGUUUUUCUUUUUCUUUUUUUCGUUUUCAGUAAACAUACUCAGGACCAUGUUAUUCUUGCAUUUGUCCAACCUUUUGUUAUUGGGAACAUUCGGGUAGAUGGAUAAAGUUCAGAAUGAAUACAAUUUACAUGUAUAUUUAGAUGCUUACAUUGUAUAUGAUGUAAAUACUUCCGCUGCAUUUCAGCUUAGCUGACUGCAUAGUCAACACUAUAGAAAGCGUCCAAUCCAGUGCAUCAUUGUAGAGAAUUUUUAUUUUCAAAUACUUCGCACAUGUGGCUACAUCAACUUAUCUGCCUUAACAGAAACAUUAGCUCUUAUGAUGCUGCUGUUAAAAAUGUAUUCAAGGGUAAGCAAGCACCACCUCAGCCUAGCUGAUUGAAUUUUAAGGUAACUUCUUUAAGUAAGGCCACGCAAGUCGGCAGUGCAAACCGUCACUUGACAUCAUGUCUUAACCGUUUUUUCACUAAAGUGGCAAACUGCAUUCACGUUCACGGGUAUGUGCUGAUGUUGGAGGACUCUGUAAGGGCAAGCUUAUUGCAACAUCAUUAUGCAGUUUGCUACUUUGUGGAAAGGGGUCAUAACUGCGCAGAGACCAACAAAGUGCCACACCUGUGGUGGUAGUUCAUUUCUGAAACUUUCAAAUCGGCUUGAUGCAUAUGACAUACUUUGGAGUGUGUCCAACAACGUUUGAGUACCUGCUUACUAACAAAACAUUCAAACAACCAUUACUCAUCCAAAGCAUGAUUGAAUUUCAUCAGGGCUGAGAUUUCCCAGCUUUUCAGCUGAUUUCAGCUUUAUUUGGAUUUCAGCUUUUUUUCCUCACUGGCUGUGUACAAAAAAAAUUUUCAGAAAAGAAGAUUUUCACAGUUCAGCUUCUUUAUGUCUUUUUUCGGCUGUUUUCAACUUUUUUUAUCAUUGGCCAAUCUCAUCCCCGUUUCAUGACGUCAUUUUCCCUAUUGUUAAAAUCUGUGAAUACUUUGUACAUGUAAAUAGCAUUGGUUGGUCGAAAAGAAUGAGAAUUAUGUGACGUUUAUUAUAGUAAUUUCACAUUAUGGUAAAAACUAUAUUUACUUGUUAUUGUUUGUACUUUCGUGUAACACUGAGCAAUUAACUCUGAGUAGAUACUGAUUUCUGUUUUUGCAUUACACAAAAUGCCGUUUCAUUUUCUGGUAGUUGAAAGCUACAUGUACCUUAAAUGUUUUCAACAAAAAGAUUUUAACUAAACUUUUAACCAUUUUGUACGGCAGAAGUUUAAUGAAGAUAUUGUAGUGAUGGAAACGUUUUGUUUGAUGUGGUAACAAUAAAGUAGCCGAAAUCAGA